AUGUAUCGCCGUGUAUCGACGCCAACUGCAACAGUGGAAGUCACACGUGGUCCAGAAUCUGUGACUGAGUCGCCCCCUGUCGAGAUAAAAGUAUCUGAUUCUUUGGAAUUUUUUCCUAAAAUGACCAGCAUAAAACCUUCUUUGCCUGUCAAAACCUCAAUGACACUUGCCAGCGAGGCAACCACUGUGUCUGCUGUCAGUAGGCCCACGGCGUCUCCGACCACUGGAGUACUCAUUUUUGGCUAUUAUCGAUCAGGGUCGUCAUUUAUUGGUGAAAUGUUCAACCGAAAUCCAAAUGCUUUAUACAUAUUUGAACCAUUGUUCAACAUAAUAAACGCGCAACAGCCUAAAGCCAGUGACAUUGCUUUCUUGAAUGGAACAAAGAUGAGUGCAGACGAUGUAGGAACGCAGAGAAUAUUUUUUCACAGUUUGAUUGGUCUAUUUGAUUGUGAUACGUCACGGAUCCCUUUGUCUGUACUAUGGAGUCCGAUGUAUAUCAACAAGGACCGCAUGAUGCACAUGAGGCGUUUUACACAAUGCACCAAAAGAAACACAGUGAAAAUUAUUUCAUCCCCAUGUUUGCCAAUUUACAAAGACAUUUGCGAAAAAGCAACGGUGAAAGCCAUUAAAUGCGUACGUCUAAAUGAUAUAAAUAUUACUGAGAAUUUUUUACAAACUAACCCAGGAAUCCGCGUCAUUCAUUUGUUGAGGGAUCCACGAGGCGCCUUGUCGUCUGGUCUUACUACGGGGGCUUUCAGAAGUGUUGGAGCAAAGCGCGCCGCACUCGACUUAUGUGAACGUAUGAAAAACAAUCUUGUCAACGGACGUCGAAUUCAAAAACGCUACCCAGGGCGUUUCUUUGAAAUACGGUACGAAGAUGUGGCAGAAAAUCCAUUGAAAAUGAUAUCAUACGUUUACAAAGUUCUUUCCCUCAGUAUAACAGAAGAUAUCAAGCAGACAUUUAUGCGACUGGCGAAUGGAAGUAAAGCUGACGGUGCUUACGGGACUGUCCGAACAGAUUCUAACGCUACUGCGCAUGCCUGGAAGACCAAAAUCAACCCCGAAGUUAAGCAAACUAUUGAUAGUAUUUGCGUCGAUGUAUUAAAGUUGGUAGGGUACGCAUAA